AUGGGCGACGCUGGUCCAACCCCGGAAUCCUGGAUGCCCCCCAAGGCUCCUCGGGCGCUGCCGAUGGGCAAGGCCAACAUGUAUCCCCGAGGCGAGGGACAUGCUGUUAGUGUUUCUUUACCGACUUGGGACUCGGUAAUUGGAUUGUCCCGGAAAGAGCCAUGGGUACUGGACACUCUUGAAUGGAGCUAUCCUCGAUUCUAUAUCAACAAGCCUGUCCGAGACCUCUCUGCUGCUGUACUGCGACGGCUCCAGAUAACCGACGAGAGCGUUGCUUGUAUGGUAUUCUCUUCUGCUACUGCCGCACGACAAUGUGUCGAGACCCUUAGGACGGCCUCGUCGGAGACUCUGUCUAUCUUAGAGGUAGUCCGGUUUACCAUGCCUCUCGAGCCAAAUGCUGGAGAGAAAGAUCCCAAUUGGGCCAACUUCACCGCAGUCUUACUCCCCUCCGACCAGUGGAAGGCAGCAAUGGGAUUCUGGCGCGAUACCGGCACAGGCCUAUCAAGCCGUCAUGCGGAGUUCUGUUUAGAGCAAUUCGACUAUCUUGACUCUGAGUCUGAUUCUUCGAAGCCAGAGUACCAAACCCGAGCUCAGAAGACAUACCACAGCCAAAGCUUGCAGUCCUUUGCAAGGGUAAAAUUGGCAUCUGCGAGCUUGCAGGAAGUGCAGUUUUUCAUUGCAAAGUUGGCAACCUCGGAAAAGCCAGGACAGCCACCUGUGCGUUCUGAGGAUGUUUUCUUGUACCCCAAUGGAAUGAACGCUAUUUAUGGACUGUCGAAAUGUCUGUCUUCACUUCAGGUAAACUCCAAGGUUGCUGCGUACGGAUGGCUGUACCCAGAAACCGUCGAAGUUCUCCGGCGAUGUCCUUUUGGGGAAGUCCUCACGUAUAAAGACGGAACGGAAGAGGAAUUAGACCAUCUGGAGAGCAUUCUCAAAUCCGGUCAAAGAAUUCACGCUCUGUUCUGUGAACUACCUAGCAACAUCAAGUUAUCAUCACCAAACCUGCAACGGAUCCGCUCUCUUGCAGACACAUACGGCUUUAUAGUUGGUUGCGACGACACCGUUGCUGGAUAUGUCAACAUCGAUGCUCUUCCGUACGUCGAUGUUAUGAUGUCAAGUCUGACCAAGACGUUCAGUGGUGCUUCGAAUGUCACUGGGGGAAGCCUCGUAAUCAAUCCCAGCUCUCGAUACCACGAAAAGCUCCAUGCCGCUCUGUCAUCCCAAUAUGAGAUCAUCUACUUCCCGCUCGACAUGGACACCCUCCGUCAAAACUGUCAAAACACAGUCUGGCGCAUAAAACAAUGCAACCAAAACACUAUCCCCCUCGUCGACCUACUCAAAGCGCACCCGUCAAUCGAGCAAGUGAACCACCCAUCAAUCUCGCCAACAGCGACGCAUUAUGAAAGUGUGAUGCGCAAGGACGGUGGCUACGGCAACGUCCUUAGCAUAAUCUUCCACAGACCAGACAGCGCAGAACACUUCUAUAACACUGCCAACGUGUGCAAGGGCUCGAGUUUCGGGACGAACUUUACACUGGCGAUCCCGUAUGUUCAGUUGGCGAAUUAUUGGAAUCGCGAUAAGGUGCCGAAGUAUGGGGUGCCGCAGCACAUCAUUCGGAUUAGUGUUGGGCUUGAGGAUAGUUUGCAGCUCGUUAAGACCGUGGAUGCUGCGCUGAAGGAGGUAGAGAAGUUUGAAGCUGGGGGUGGUUCAUUGUUGAAUUAG